GAGCUCUUCAGUUGAUUGUUCAAGCUCCUGUAUCUUCUGUCCAUCUGAUCACUGAGUGUUUGUCCGGGUUAGAGGUGAAGGUGUCCUGUCUCUCCGAGGGAGGGGACAGUCCUCAGUACAUUUGGACUCUGAACGGAGACAAACUGACAGACUCUGAACUUCUAUCGGCAAAUAAUGAGAAUAACGUUGUUAUUCUGCGACACAGUGUGUCAGGAAGUCUGUCCUGCUCAGUCAGGAAUCAUAUCAGCAUUGCUUCCAAAGAGCAGAUCAUGUCUGCUUGUAAAGAGUUUGCAGAGGGAGAAACUCGCUGCGACGCCAGAGAGGAAAGAGCUCAGUGUUUUGGAGCUCUGGGAGGAACUGUGAUCAUCCGUCUGAUGAACAACGCCUCAGAAAUAUCUAAACAUGAAGGGAAAAAUAAAACAGCCAUAAUCCUCAGAGGUGAAGGACAUCAAUUCUUUCAAAAUGACCUUCCGAACAGAGUAUUCUUUCUUUCCAGCAAUGAUACGAUGAGCCUUAAGAACCUCAGCAGGUCUGACAGUGGUGAAUAUUCUCUGGAAAUAUUUGAUUCUGAAGGAGAGAAAACAGUGCAGACUCUUCAACUGCUAGUUCAAGCUCCUGUGUCUUCUGUCCGGCUGGUGUCUGAGUGUUUGCCGCAGUCAGAGAUGAAGGUGUCCUGUAUCUGUCAGAGAGGGGACAGUCCUCAGUACAGCUGGACUCUGGAUGGACACACACUGACAAACUCUGAACUCGUCUAUGUGCAUAAUGAGACGAACAUCAUAAUUCUGAGAAAAAACAUCUCAGGACGUCUGGUCUGCUCAGCCAGGAAUCAAGUCAGCUAUGCCUAUGAGGAAAAAGCUCUAUUGGUUUGUAAAGAUAUCUCCCUGGUCGUACACGGUUUGAUGUUUGGUGUAACAAUUCUCUUCUGCGGCGGGAUCUGGCUCUAUUUCACACUGAAGGAGAGCAAAUACUAGGACUUUGUCACUUACGUCAGAAAAGAGACUCGAGAUGACUUUAAUGUGGUUGAACAGUCUCAUUUCUUUAAGCAUACACACAAAUAAAUGAUUUUUUUUGUCCUUGUGAGUAGCCUACAUAAAAAGCAAUUGAGUUCAAAUUUAAAAAAAAAAAUGCAGAUAUUGAUUAACUGCUUUUAGUAUUGAUCAGAAACAUUUCAAGUGUUCCUAUAUGAGAAAAAAUACUGACACUGCUCAGAACUAUAAACAGAGAGGCAGUUUCACAUUUUGUAAAACACAAAAUACAGAUGAAUCUAUUUUAGACACAUGUGUAAGUCAGUCUCUUCCUUCUAGGGUUUUUCUAAGGACUGACUUUUCAACAAAAAUAGAAGCAGAGUGUCGAUGAAAAUGAGAAUCCUUUUAGAAGAAGUAAAUAGAGGAAGAGAUCUCUCGACAGCGAUCUCUUCCUGUUGUGCUCUUUUUUUGACUCAUGUCUCAGCCAGAUCUAGAGAAACUCAUUCAUGCGUUUAUCUUUAGUCGCAUUGAUUAUUGUAACAGCAUCUUCACAGGACUGUCCAACAAAUCAAUCAAACAGCUGCAACUGAUCCAGAAUGCUGCUGCUCGUUUUCUCACUAAAACCAGGAAGAUGGAGCACAUAACACCAGUUUUAAAGUCCCUGCACUGGCUCCCUGUAGCUCAAAGAAUAGAUUUUAAAAUACUGUUGUUAGUUUAUAAAUCACUGAACGGUUUAGCACCACAAUACAUCAAAGAUCUGCUGUUGUUGUAUCAACCUUCCCGACCUCUCAGGUCUUCUGGUUCUGGUCUGCUUUGCAUCCCAGAACCAGAACCAAGAGAGGAGAAGCAGCUUUCAGCAUCUAUGCACCAAAACUUUGGAACAAACUUCCAGAAAACUGUAAAACAGCGGAAACCCUGACUUCUUUUAAAUCGCAA